AUCCGUGCCAGCAUUACGCCCCGUGUUGCUACCACACCCAGUCUCCUGGCAAAGUUGACUCACAACAGAGUGAAACGGGACACCACCAGAGCUCUGCUGGGCUGCAGGGCAGAAAUAACCUCCUUCACACGGACAGACACACAGAGAGGAAAGUGUAUUCUACUUUAAAAAGUCUGAAGAACACACGUUAGACUCAUCAUGAAGUUUGCUUUAAGGAUAGCUCUGCUUCUUUGCCUUGUUUUGGGAACUUUAGCGCAAGAUGGUGGAUUUGACCUGUUUGACGCUUUAGGUGAUGACGACCCAACACCAAUACCACCAAAGCCCAAGGAGCCCCCAAAGCAGCCGGGCAAUCCAGCUGGUGGCGGCGGACUUGAUUUAUCAGAUUUCUUCGACGACCCUGCACCAACACCAGAAAAGCCAAAAGUAGAUGUGCCAAAGACCCCAAGCAAGCCCAAAGAUGAUGGUGGAUUUGGAUUUGACUUGGAGGACGCUAUCGGCCCAGAGGACCCCAAACCUGACAAACCAAAGCCAAAGCCAAAGCCAAAUCCAAGUGGAGGGGGAGGAUCAUUUGAUGACUCAAUUUUGUCGGAUAUCGGCGACAGUGGGGAAUACAAACCUGAUGGAGGUCGGUCAGGAGGGCGUGGUGGUGCUCAUAACCCUGGAUAUGACCCCGGAUAUGAUCCUCAUGGUGGAGCAGAUCAACCUCAAGAUCCAGACCUCCUGUGGGGCCAAAUCCUGAAGAUGCUAGAUGCUAACAUGCCUGAGGAGUUCUAUGUGUGGAUUUCUAACUUAAAGCAGACGAUAACACCUCUGCUAGAGAGAGCCAUGGAAAUGCUGCAGGCGUUACCAUAAAUACCAAAAAAUAUACCAAUCCACGAAAACCUGAAUGGGCUUUUGAUGAGUUAUUGGACUUCUGAUGGACUCUGAUUGAAAAAUGGCUGAUUUGAUAAACUCUGAUUGGGAAAAAUUGAAACUGUUUGGUAUCUAAAACCUCAAGAAUCAGAAAAAGCUUGGACUGAUCAUUGGGACUCUGUAACUGGAACUUUCUCCUAGUUUUUAAAGACUUGAUUCUUUUUGCUGUAGUUCAGCCCUGGAAGACCUUUGACAUCUGUUUAUGUUACAUAUUGCAUGUCUGAACGUAAGGAGGUCUCUAAGAGAAAGGAUGCACCAAUCUGACUUUUUUAUAUCGGAACUUUGUGUCUCUGGAAAUAAUUGUUUAUGAUGUAAACAACUGCUAACUGAUAGCACCGACAGCAACUCAGAGGAGCAGCUCAGUUCAGCACUGUUUAGAUCUAGAAAGUGGGGAUAAGGUUAUCCAGCGGCUGUGCCAGGUUAUACUAAUGUAUAACAAAGCAUUGAGUGUUGAUAUUCAGAGCAGGAAUUUGAAAGUUUACCUGCAAAGAGGAUUAAAGGAUGCUGUGCUAGCAUCUGUAACAUUAGCCACAUUAUGCAAACUAACCUGAAGUUGGUUAGCAGAAUUGUGUUUACAUGAUUUUGGACUAGUUGACUAAGUGCAAUUGCAAUUUGCCCAGUAGAACUUAGCAGCACGUUUAGUUAUUUGUGCUAGGGAUGCACCAGUUAUGAUACCAGAAUCAGGGUAUGCACUAAUACCAGUACCAGUAGCAGGUAUCUGCACUGACACCAGUACAAGUAUGGUAUCUGCAACAAUACUAGUACCAGUAUCAGUUAUUGGUGCUGAUACAAUUACCAGUAUGUGGUAUCGGUGCUGAUAUCAGUACCACUAUCAGGUAUGUGCACAGAUACCAGUGCCACUAUCAGGUAUCUGCAAUAUUACUAGUACCAGUAUCUUGUAUUGGUGCCAGUACCAGUAUCAGUUUCAGCCCGAGUACCCAUGACAUUGCCAAUAUGUGGUAUGGAUGGUGAUACCAGCACCAGUAUCUGGUAUCUGCAAUGAUACUUGUACCAGUAUCAGGUAUUGGUGCCAAUACAUAACCAGUAUCUGGUAUCUGUGCUGAUACCAAUACCAGUCUCUAGUAUCUGCACCAAUACUAGUACCAAUGUCAGGUAUCGGCUUUGAUACCAUUACCUGUAUCUGGUAUCUGUACCAAUACCAGCACCAAUAUCAGAUAAAUGCACAAAUAUUGGUACCAGUAUCAGGUAUCAGUACUGAUUCCAGUACCAGUAUUAGGUUGCAGAGCCUAUACCAUUACUAGUAUCCAGUAUCUGUACCAAUACCAGCACCAUUAUAAGAUAUCUGCACAAAUAUUGGUACACAGUAUCUGGUAUCAGUACCAAUAACAGUCCUUAUCAGAUACUGCACCAAUACCUCAUUGGAUAUCUGUACCGAUACUGCUACCAGUAUUAGGAACCUGUGACUGAUACCAGUACCACAUUCAGGUAUCUGAACCAGUACUACUAAAAGUGUCUGGUAUUGGUGCCGAUACCAUUACUAUAAUCUUGUAUUGAUGCUGAUACACUGCUACUAAUACCAAUAUCAGGAACCUGCACUGAUACUAGUACCAUUAUCAAAUACUGGUUUUUGCACUGAUACAGGUACCAGUAUGAUAACAGUACCAGUAUCUGGUAUUGGUGCUGAUACCAAUACUAAUAUCAGGUAUCUACAUCAAUAGCAGUACCAGUAUCAGUUACCAGCAUUAAUACCAUUAUCAGAACUAGAUAUCUGCACCAAUAGUUGUGCAAGUAACAGGUACUAGCACCGAAAACAUCAGCACCAGUUUAAGUUAUGUGCAUUUAUACAAGUACUGGUAUCAGGUAUCUGCACUGAUACCAGUACCAGGCAUUUGAACUGGUAACAAUAUCAGGUAUCUGCUCUAGUAGCAGAUUUAGUAUCAGGAACCAGCGCUGAAACCAUUGCUAGUAUCAGGAAUCUGUACCAAUACCAGUACCACCAUCGGAUAUCUGUAUUUAUACAGGUUUUUGGAGCCUGCUUUCAUACCAGUACCAGUAUCAAGUAUUUGCACUGAUACCAAGCCUGAGUACACUUAAAAUUUGCAGAUACUCUACUCGAUAUCAUUUUAUAAUAUAAUGUUAGCCUGUUGUUUUUUAAGCAUUUAAAUAGAGUUGGAGCACUCUCCAAACUGUGCAGAAAAUCUCAAGAAAAUGAAAUUAACUUUAAAAAUAAUUUCAAGUACUGUAAAGGUAUUUUUAUAUGGCAUCAGUGAGUACCCAAAUAAAAGUACUAGUACUUAUACUUAGUCUGGAAUAACAUGGUAUUGGUGCAUUCCUAAUUUUCACUGCUUUGAGAACAAAAUGGUUCCUUUUUGGAUCAGAUUGGUGCAUCCCGUUCUAAAAGACAGAACUAUUUGAACCAAACCACUCACUGACUGCAUGAAGUACUGUUGAUGCCAUAUUGUGGAUUUUCUCUCCUGAUGAUGGGUGUGUGAGAACACAUUCCUCUCUCUCCACCCCGCUCUCCUCACCAUGACUCAUACUAAUGUUGUUCUCAUUAAGCUCCACUUUGAACUCAAGUUACCUUUUCUUCUUUUUUUUAUUUCUUGUAGAUAUUUCUUGUUUUUCUAGUGUUUGUUCUGAGCUCUAAAGAGACUCACAUGACAGGAAACAGGGUGUCAGAUGGAGCAGAAAUGUCCCAAGGGUUUCUUUAGAAGAGGUUUGUUUUAGAGCGUCAUUAUUUCAUGUGUGGACACGCCUCUUAGGCCUCUGAUCCUUUUGGGCCUGAGUCAGCUUCCUUUAGGCUCCUCUAGCACAUGUUAGCAUGCUUUGGUCUGCAUGCAUUCCUCACAUAGCGGUCUCCGCAACACGCUGCUGACAGAUGACACACCGAGGUGUGGACGAUUGUUUGAGCCGUCUCGUUUGAACCAGCUGAUGUUUUCCUGCUUCAGCAUUUUAAGCUUCUCUGUUGACUCUCUGGUUGCUGGGUUUUUAUUUAUUUUUGACACUUUCUUUUAUAAUUAAAUAAUUUUUUAUGCUUUGAGACUCUGACUGGGAUCUUCUGCAUCAUUAGAUGUAAACUGCACACUGAAUAAAGCUUACUUUUGGAAGGCUCAUCUUGAGUUUGAUAUUUGAUCCAUGCCAAGCUUGAGUACAGCAACCAGCUCAUAUCUCCAGACUUUCAUAGUUAUCUGUUGGACUGGAGCUGUAGAAAUAAAUAGAAACGAAACAUGCAUUAAUAUUCAUUCAAUUUAGACACAAUGUAACAACAGAGUCAAGGUUGUAAGUCCCUGGUAAAUCAGUAUUCCUUGUCACCAUUACACCAUGAAGACAAAAGAAACACCCAAAGCAACAAAGAGAAAACAUAAAUGAAAGUAUUUGUCAGGGUGUACCGAUUAACCAGAAUCCCUGGCUACCAUUACCCCAUGAAGAAAAAAAGAACACUCCAAGCAACUCAGAGAAAAGGUAAUGAAAGGCAUAAAUCAGGGAUACUGUUUAACCAGUAUUCCUGGCUACCAUUACACUAUGAAGACAAAAGAACACUCCGAGCAACUCAGAGAAAACAUAAAAAAAUAGGUGUAUGUCAGGGUGUACUGGAUAACCAGUAUUCCUGGCUACCAUUACACCACGAAGACAAAAGAACACUUCAAAGAACUCAGAGAAAACAAAUGAAAAGUGUAUGUCAGGGUGUACUGGUUAACCAUUACUCCUAGUUACCAUUACACCAUGAAGACAAAAGAAUACUCAAGGCAACAAAGAGAGAAAGUUAUUCAGCUAAACGUACAAGUCAGAGGAUGGAGGUAUGUGGGAGACCAUCCCCACUGUGAAACAUGUUGGUGGCAGCAUCAUGCUGUGGGGAUGCUUCUCGGCAGCAGGACCUGGCUUAAAAAUUUUAAAAAAGGCUUAAAAAGGUUGCGGUGAUUACAGUCAAAGAUGCAUCUAACUACUGACUUGAAGGGGGUGAAUACUUAUGCAGUCACUUAUUAUAGAUUACGUAUUUUAUUAUCCAUUUCAACUUUAAAGAUUUUCCACUAAAACAUCAAAACCUCCGAAAUAUGUUCACUUAUUGCAGCCAGGCUCAUCCUGAAACUAAAAAGCUUAAUCCUGCUGAUGAAGGCAGAAGAAAAGAUGAAUAAUUGCAAACAUAUGAGAGAAGUGAGUACUUCUAAAACCAGCGCCCAGAGCAGCUAAACAACAGCCCGUCAUCGAGGGUUGUCCUUUUUUUUUUUUUUUUUUUUUUUUUUUAAAUGUGGAGGCAACGCCCUGUUUGCUGGUCGUCUUCAUCACGAGACACACCUCUGAUCAUGACUCACUCAGACCCGGGAGGAUCUUUGUUCACACAGAUCAUCAGCUUGUUUUUAUGUUUGUGCCCCACCCAACCCCUCGUCCAUGGGUGUGUUCAUGGUUUUAACCUGACUUUCUCACCCUCUUUUUAUCCUCAUUUUUCUCUCACUUAAUUUGACUUUCUAAAAUCUUAAGAGUGUCUUAUCUUUGAAUGUUUUAAGCAUUAGAUGCUUUUAUGAAGUUUCUCCUGCAGUUUGUUCUGAAAACUUUGUGCAACUGCAGGUAUGCGUAUCAUUUAUUGACUUGGAGCUCCCCCUGGUGGGCAACUGCAUCAUCAGGGCAGCUGCAGCAUCCAGGGCUCUGAUUUAUCAAACUCUUACCAGUUGUUUAUGAGCUUAAACUGGUGUUUUUAAGACCUGGACAAUUAUAACAAUUUAAUAUUUGAAUGAAAUAAAAAAUAUAAAGAAAGUCAUUGUAUUGCCACUUUGGCUUCUUUGUAAAAUGUGUCUUUUAAAAUGAUAUUUUCUGCUUGAAU